UGAACUGUCAUUUCAAAAAAGAAAAAAAGUGAGUGUGUUCGGAGUUUGAGUGUGAAUUAAUCUGUAGAAUAAUUUUGUGUCAGCCCAAGAAGUAAAAACAUGUUCCAGAAUUUCCUUAGGAGGAGUCACAUAAUAAAAGAUUUUGUCAAGACGAAUCAAAUAUGCCCGAGAAAUUUUUCGAUAUUAUCACCAUAUCACAAGAGUCACAAUGUACUCUUAAAACAGAAGGCUGCGCGUAUACCAUGUAUUCAUCCAUACAUUAGGCGAAAUUUUAUUGGUUUCGUUCCUGACAGAAAAGAUGGUUAUAAAACACAGAAAGAAGAACCUGAUCUAGAGCACAUCAAAUACGGCUUGAAGCAAUUUAAAAACGAACUUAAAUUGUGGACAGAAGAAAUAAAAGACACAUUACGUGCAGAUCCUUUGAUGAUUUGUCCGCCUGGCGAGAUCGAUACGGUCUUCGAAUUUGGGAAACAGGAAGACAUAGACAAAUUCGUUGUAACAAGUGAUAGUGACCAUAAUGAGGGAUACAGUCAUUGUUCAUUGAAGAUUAAUCAGUCUGGUUACGGUUCAUUCAGUGGCAUCUUAGAUUCAACAGUUCCAAAACAGGGAAAAAUAUCAAGAGCUGGUUAUUGUAAUAUAACAAGUCUUCGUGUGAAAAAAUCAUUUCAACGCGAUUCAUAUUAUGAUUGGAGCCCAUAUAAUACACUAGUAUUGAGAAUUCGGGGUGAUGGUCGACCGUACUCAUUGAAUUUGCACUCAGAUGGUAUAUUUGAUGUAACAUGGCAUGAUACAUAUAGUUAUAUCUUAUACACACGAGGUGGUCCACAUUGGCAGCUAACAAAAAUACCAUUCUCCAAAUUUUAUCUGGUUGCUAAAGGAUGUAUACAAGAUAAGCAUUGCUAUAUGUCGAAUAUUCGCGUUUCACGAAUUGGCAUCACAGCUGUGGGACUGAACUGGAUGGAUGGAGAAUUCAAUUUGGAAAUCGACUAUAUCGGUGUGGAAAAUAACCCAUACCAUACUGAGGAAUCAUCCUAUGAAAUGUACAGAGUACCAAAUUUCAUAGCAGGCACCUAGUGAUCCUUAACAAUUCUAUAUAAAUCUAGGUUCUUCAAUGUAAUAGUUUUAUUAACUAAAAAAAAUUCAACGUUUUUUUUAAUCAUACAAUGAA